AUGCUAUCAGAAACCAUAAAAAAAGUGAAAAGUUAUAGACAAUCUGAAUAUAUUCAGAUGAAAAUUGCUGCAAAGGAGAUAGCAGAGAAUCUCGAAUGCAGUACAAAAUUUCCUGAUGACACUGAAGUUAGACCCAGAAGAAAAAAGCGUCAAUUUGACUAUGAAAAAGCUGUCGAUGAACCCUUAACAAAGGAGAAAAAAUUUAAAAUAAACUUUUUCAACUAUAUUCUGGACAUUACCCUUAAUUCUCUGAAUGAUAAAUUCACGCUUCUGGAAACCCAUAGCAAAAAAUUUCAGUUCUUAUAUGACAUUUUAAAACUCAAGGAUAUAGAUGACAAAACGCUAGAAAAUUAUUGUUCCAGUCUUGAGUUUAUACUUUCGGUUGAAAAUGAAACAGAUAUAAAUGCAAAUGACCUUAGAGAAGAAUUGCGUGAUGUAUCCAGAAUGCUACCAUAUUCUACGAAACCUUUGGAUGUUUUAAAUUAUUUAUGCCAAAAUAGCUUAAUUAGUUUGUAUCCAAAUACUGUUGUAGCUCUGAGAAUUUUAUUAACUCUCCCUGUAUCUGUAGCUAGUGGGGAAAGAAGUUUCUCCAAAUUAAAAUUAAGAAAAAACUACUUAAGAAGUUCAAUAGGACAAACAAAACUUAAAAAUCUGGCAUUAAUUUCUAUUGAAUCUGCAAUGGCUAGCACUCUAGACUACACAUAA